AUGCUAUGGCUGGAACGAGACGCCAGCCAAGGUCAGGAUGCGAUCAGCGUUCUCUGCAAGGAUGAGCGAGGGAUGAUAGAGAAGAUCAGUCUGAAAGAUCUCACCGCCAUGCUCGUGACCGAGCUGCUCUCUUCGGCCAUGGGAGAGGAGGUGCAGAAGGAGCAGCUUACAGCAGUGAUGGCGGUACCUGAGCUGUUCAACGACAUGCAGAAGGAGUUCCUCCAAGAUGUGCUCAAGAGAUGCGGCAUCGCGCAGGGGGUGGAGUUUGUGACGGAGCCGGUGGCGAUAGGCAAGGCGUACGGAUACGAGAGGAAAGCUCACCGUCGCCUCGCCCUCACUGUUAACUUCGGAGCCAUGGCCUUGCGGGUCUCUCUCCUUAAGCUCGAGGAUCACGAGCUGCAAGUGCUGGACAGCCUCCAAGAUUUUAAGACCAGCGGGCGAGAAAUGGACAAGGUCAGACUGACAGCGUAUGAGACGGCUAGCAAAGUUUUGUUUGCGGAGUAUCAGGCCUGUCACGGUGUCGACCUGCGAGACGAUAAGGAGCUCAUGUUUCGUGUGCUCGUCGCCUGCGAUGACGCCAAGCGAGUCUUGUGCUCAGAGGAGCAGACGACGAUCGAAGUUGAUCAAGUUGAUAAGGCUCGGAGGCUGAAGGUGCACAUGACGCGACAGAAGAUGGAGGAGCUUUGUGAGGACAUCUAUGACAGAGUCCUUGCCCUCUCUUCUCAACUCCUUGGGGACAACUCAGUACGGCAGGAGAGCAUCGCCGAUGUGCUGGUGGCGGGAGGCUGCUGUGAGAUCAAGGCGGUGCAGGACAAGCUGCGAUCCAUGUUCCGGUCGCAACUCAAUCUUCCCGCUGCCAUGCCGAUGGAUCACGUGGUGCUUGAGGGAGUAUGCGCGCACAUGCAGCAGCUGGAGGAGAGGAGGAGUCGAGCAGAGAAGGGGAGGGAGGAGAGGGAGGAGGCGGCUGUGUCGCUAUCCAUUGGCAUUGAAGUGCAAGGAGGGAUCAUGCACAAGCUGAUCCAGCGAGGAACCUCGCUCCCCUGCCAUCGCUCUGAGGACUUCAGCUCGGGGUACUGA